UUGAAAAGUGAAGGUUGUAAAUAUAUAUUAAGAAAAAAAAUGUCCGGUGAGAGAAAUCGCAGGUCGUUGGCGUUCCGAGGAGGUGGAUUAGCUGGGUUAACGGGUUCCAGCGGCAUCGGUGGGGGGAACUGUAACAGCUGGGAGGCCCCGGCCUGUCAAGACCGACAUUUUAACGGGAAUAGGCCGGAUCAAGAGGAGGACCGGGAUCUGGGAGCGAAGGGACCGUCGCAGCGGAGAGUGGAGGGCGCUGGGUCUGUCAGCGAUAGCGGGGAACCGGAGGCGGAGGAAGAAGAGGACCCGGAAGGGGGGAGCUGGCCGGCCGCGGACGGCGACUACCGUGUCGACUCGGUGGAAGGGGAAGACGGGUCCAGGGAGGGGAGUUGCUGGACGUCGGGGAACGGUCCCGACGAAAGCACCGACGGCCAGGAGCCCGGGAGCGUCGCGAAAGCUGUCGAGACGGGUUCCAGGAAAUCUGGGGUAGAGAUGAGACCGCAGAAGCUGCUUCAGAAACGCUCACUAUUUCACGCUUCGUGGUUGCAAGAAUUCCCAUGGCUCAAAUUUUGCCAGGAGACGGGACUCAUGUCUUGUUCCUGGUGUCAUAACAUUGCCACUAAAAACAGCGACGAGCUUGUUAAAGGCAGUCGCAACUACAAACGGGCCUUGCUGCUGAGACAUCACCUGUCUUCGGAGCACGGGAGAAACGACCCCACCAAACAGGAAACCGCGAGGCCCUCGGACAACACCAGCCCCUCCACUAACUGCUCAGAGGAAGACUACCGCAACAAACCCAACGAAAACUCCUACUGUUACCAACUCCUGCAGGAGUUGGACAAACAACGCAAGAGCGGCAUCCUCUGUGACGUGAACAUCGUCGUCUGCGGCCAGGUGUUCCGCGCACACAAGAACAUCCUGGUAGCCGGCAGCCGCUACUUCAAAACCCUUUACUGUCUGACCAAGAGCGAAGCCCAGGACCAAGCCACUGUCACACACCUGGAUGUCGCUGCUGUGCAGGGCUUCUCGGUUAUCCUCGACUUUCUCUACUCCGGGAAUCUGCUGCUCACAAGCCAAAAUGCCAUUGAGGUUAUGUCCGUCGCUAGUUACCUCCAAAUGACAGAAGUUGUACAGUCGUGCAGGGCUUUUAUAAAGGACGCCCUCAACAUUAGCAUAAAGCAGGAGGCUCCCGAUUCAGUGGUGGUAGACUACAACAAGAGGCAAAUGGUGACCAAAGAGGGACAGAGAGGCCUGGACCGGAAGCCGAGCAACUUCUGGGCCACGAGCAUCCUGUCCAAACUAUCCAUCAAGGCCAGCAACAACCAAGGAAAGGAUGGGAUGGAGGAAGACGACGAGAACGGGAGGGUGAAGGAAGAGAACAGCGACGUGGAGGUGACGAUGGCGGGUGGCGAGGGCUGUGCCCUGGUGACCCCCGGAGCCUCUGGGAGUUGGUCGCACCACAACGACAACUCGUCCGACUCGGCCGAGGCCGCCGACAACCGGGCGGCCGGCGCCCAGACGCAGGUCUUCGUCUGGAACGAGCCGCUCACGGGCGGCACCGCCGCAGCCAUAAAGCGGGAAGCGCCCGACGCCGCGGCCGGAAGCGGGCGCAGGAAAAAAACAUCCACCACUCGCCGUUUCGUCUACAACUUUCCGCCCGAGCCAGAGGAGGGAUUCGACGAGGGGAUGUUUAUUCAGCCGUCUGCCUCCUACCCCCGAGAGGACUUCUCCUCCCUCUCUGAAAAUGCCGAGCUGGCCAAUCAGAUCCAGUAUAGCAUCAUCCAAGACUUACAGCAAGGGGAGUCCUGGGAGAAUGGUGAGUCCUCACACCUAGCCCUCAAUAAGCUCAAGUGCCCCCACUGUAACUACAUCGCCAAGCACCGGCGCACACUCAAGAGGCACCUGAUCAUCCACUCGGGUGUGCGCUCGUUCAGCUGCGACAUCUGCGGCAAGCUGUUCACCCGCCGCGAGCACGUAAAGAGACAUUCCCUGGUGCACAAGAAGGACAAAAAAUACAAGUGCAUGGUCUGCAAGAAGAUCUUCAUGCUGGCCGCCAGCGUGGGCAUCCGCCACGGCUCGCGGCGCUACGGCGUGUGCGCGGACUGCGCCGACUCGCACCAGGCCACCCAGGAGGGCCUGGAGGGCAUGGAAGGCAUGGAGGGCAUGGAGGGCAUGGAGGGCCUGGAGUUUCCCCGGGACGAGGAGUUCGACGUGGAGGAAGGGGAGGACGCGGAGGGGGAGGAGCCCACCGACAACGACCAAUCAAACUGGGGCGAGGGCAACGCUGGUGCUGCCCCAGAGGAGGACUAA